GCACAAUCAGCAGGGCGAGCUUCUGUAAAAAGAGAUCUGAAAACGAGACAAUGUCUACACAGGAUCCAGAAGCAGGCACUUCAUCAACAAGUGGAGCAUCUAGCAGAGAAGACAGACUCAAAAGACUUAAAGAACUGCAUUUGAGAAGGAAUGAAGCAAGAAAACUUAACCACCAAGAAGUAGUAGAAGAGGACAGGAGAAAGAAACUUCCCACAAAUUGGGAAGCUAAGAGAAAGAGGGUGGAAUGGGAGGAGGAAGAGGAAAAGAAAAGACAAGAAUGUGAGGCAAAAGGAGAGGACUAUGACAGGGUGAAGUUACUGGAUGUGGGGGCGGAUGAAGCUGAGAGGUGGGAGAGGAAAAAGAAGAAGAAAAACCCUGAUCCUGGUUUUUCAGAUUAUGAAGCUGCCACGCACAGACAGUAUCAGAGGCUGACAAAACAGUUGAAGCCAGAUAUGAAUGAUUAUGAGAGGAAGAAGGAAAAAAUGGGUGAGGAAUUCUAUGCUGACACCAGUACUCUAAUCACAUCACAACCAACUGACAGCAAGGAAGCCAUUGACAGGAUGGUGGAAGAUGUGGAGAAACAAAUUGAAAAGAGGUCUAAAUAUAGCAGAAGGAGGGCACAUGAUGAAGAUGCAGACAUUGACUACAUUAAUGACCGUAAUGCAAAAUUCAACAAGAAACUGGAGAGAUUUUAUGGACAAUAUACCACGGAAAUUAAGCAAAACUUGGAGAGAGGAACAGCUGUAUAGUUGAAGAGAUUAACCUUUGUAUAGAAGUGUGACUUGCAGGACUUAAUUAUCUUCAUUUUAAUGAUUAAAAUAUUUUUUUAGUUUUUGCACAUUCAUUAAAAUGUGCCAAGUUCAAAUACAUUGGGUGGACCACAAAUGCAUAUUGUAAAAAAUAAAAUAACUGUAGUAGUUCAGCAUGUUCUAUUUUAUCAUGUAUCAUAUUUGAAGACAUUUUGCAUUACAUUUACAUAAUCAUAAAAUGAAACAUGAAUGUAUGAAAA